GAGGCUCAAGCUUCCCGAAAUCUCACCGCAUCGCCCCGAAUGCCGAAUCACUAACCGAAAUGAGCGCACGUUGGCUUGUCUACUGGCCACCAUGAACUACCCAUAAACUCGAAAAACGAUGGUUAGUUAUCGCACACGACCUGCUUUCCUAUUCUGCCAUGGUCCAUCAACGAACCAGUGGUCAUCGAAAACCCUUUGUGGCCCUAAUUCUAGCGCUGGGCGGUUUCGUCGCUCAAACGCAGCUGACGCAUCGUGUUCUGACGGUCAUGAACUAUAAUCGUCCUUUCUUCGUGAUAUAUGUCACUCAGUCGGUCUUCACUGCUUCAGUUCUUGUUCACUUGGUAUACCUCGCGAUUACCACCAAGAAUUCGAUUUCCAGCUUGUGCAAAGGCUUGAAAAUUACAAUCGCUAAACGGCUGCGCGCAUCGAAAUUGUUGCAACGUAUACGGUUUCCUUGUAUCAGAUUCUUGCUGAUCACUCUUACUUUGACUGCUGGAUUCACCACGCCGACGUUACUCUGGGGUGUUGGGAUAUCAUUAUCAUCUGCCAGCGAUGUAACGGUUAUUUGGAACACCAACGCGUUCUUUGCCUAUCUAAUAUCGGUGACUGUUCUCGGACAUCAACACCAACAUAGCAAAUUUGCUGCUGUUCUCCUCGCAACUAUGGGCGUUGUCCUUGUUGUUUAUGGCGGCGUUGAACCCGGAAACAGCGUUCUGCAUCAUCGUAGACUACCCUCCCGUUCGGUCGGCGAUCUAUUCGCGUUGCUUGCAUCUGUGCUAUAUGCUGGAUACCAAUUGUUCUACGACGGAUUCAUAGAGCUCCCACUCGUAUCACCCCAGGUCUUGGAUGACUUUUCCUCUGAAUCAACACCUUUGAUAGAGCCUGAGGAGCUUGAGGAGUACAAAGACGCCAUAUACCCAUCCCCCUUUGGAUUGGAGUCGAGCUUCUGGACGUCUAUGAUUGGCUUAUGCACGAUGUCACUUCUCUGGGCUGCAUUCCCAGCCUUACAAAGCCUCGGUAUUGAACAUUUUAGCUUCCCGACCGACCUCCCUACUGUAUUGGCAAUCCUUGGCGCAGCGAUGUCUGGUGCAACGUUUAUGACUGGUACUAUGAUGCUUCUGGCUUCGUGGGGGGCUGUGACGACCUCCGUUACAACCUUACUGACCACGGUUCUCGUAUUCCUGACAGAUUUGUUAUUGGGUGCUGUAAUUAGCGUCUGGAGUAUUAUCGGUGCUGCUACAAUUGCUGCAGCAUUUCUGAUGCUUCUUCUCGCUGACAAUUCCCCCGCGUCCAUAUUGGUACAUGCGACACAAGAAUCGAAUGUUUGAUUGUAUUGUAAUGUACGCCAGAAGUUUUGUAGAAGUAUAAUUAUAGCACACACAAACGAUAGAGAGCAGCCUGAGUCAAUAGAUAACGACCACGGAUAAAAAUGAAUGGAAAGGAUCAGGUAGAAAGUUGGAAACCGUAUGAGUACAAAAUGUGAGUUCGGGCGAACAAAUGCUGACAGGAUGAAGUAUUUCG